UGUAAACCAUUUGGACAUAGCUCCUAAACAUGCUAGUGUAUUACUUGGACUCAGCAAUACUUUCGCCACUCUACCAGGCAUAAUAAGUCCAAUUUUGACUGGAUAUAUCGUAACCGAUGAAAAGAGCGCUGACGACUGGAGGAUAGUCUUCUACAUCUCAGCAGGAAUUUAUCUUGUUGGGGCAGUAAUAUAUGGCCUUUUCGCAUCUGGUGAAAUUCAACCAUGGGCCAUCGAGAGUGAACCCCUAAAUCAGGGGGUGGAACUACAUGUAGAAAGAAAUAAACUGCAAGAUAAAAUGAGCUAUGAGAACAAGGGUUUUGAACCUAGUAACACAUGAAAUUUAGGUUAUGUUUUGAUAUUAUAUUUUGUACAAAAAAAACGCUUUUUUUUUCUGAAGCUACAAUUAAUCUAGAUUCUUACUGUAAAUAUUUAACAUUCGUCUUCUGAAAAUUUUGUUAAAGAUUUAUAUUGAGUGAUUCAGGGUUAAACCGCCAUACGUAAACCAUGCAUAGGAAAUUUUAUUUUAAGCAAAAAAAGUUUACAUAAACAUGUAUCUGAAAAUGUUUACUAAGAACAGUUUCUAAAACCAUUUAACGUAAAUGUAGAAUUUUGGUGCAAAAAUUAAACUGAAGCAAGUGGUUGUUUCAAAGUUAAAAUUUUUCAGAAUUAUUAAUCAGUGGUGUACUUAUAGGGGUUCUGUGAAACUAACUUUAAUCUCAAUUACAAACUGUUUUUGGGAAACACUAAUAAAAAAAGCAGCAACAACAAUUACUUUAUUAGAAAAAAAAAAUGAAAAUGGAAGAGAAGAAAAUGUGUCGUCGAACAGCAGCUAAUUAAAAAAAUAAUAAUAAAACCGGCUCAAAACGGCUGCCAUCAUUUUCAAUGCAAUGUUUGCAUCUACGGACGACAGAUUGUGACUCUGAUGGUGUGAUUUCUUGGGCUGCUUGAACAAUCUUUUCCCGGAGAGUAUAGCUUCGUCGUUAAUGGACAUGACAUGACUCUUCGUUGUACCCCAUACAAAAAAAUCUAAGGGGUUCAAAUUCGGAGAGCGCACAGAAGAUGAAUUUUUCGAAACAAAGCGUCUGAAUUUGGUUCGGGCUGAGACAGUAUAGUAUUACGGGUCAUGAAGGUUUGGAAGAAAAUGUAAUAAAAUUUUCAGGGUCGUAGGUAUUUAAAAAAAUGAAGUUGAUGAUGGUCCUGGAGAGACGAAACGUUAUAUAUAAAAAUUGAUUAAGCCAUUUGAUAGAAAGUAAAAAGUUUGCUAUGAGAAAGUGUUCUUCUUUUUUCAAUAUCACUUCAAACAAGGCUGAAAUGAAACAAAAACGUAUUUCCAAAAUUG